ACAAUUUCCGAGUUCACAAUAGGCCUUGAUGUUUUAAGAGCUUCGGCGAUUAUCACAAGUUUUUCUACCUUGCUCGCACGUGGCGCUCAGGCCUUCGGAGCCGACCUACUCGAUUGCGUUAGUAACUGUCGUAGAGGGCUGAGUUCUGACCAAUAAGAGACCUUCGGGUGGUGAUCAUUCCUUUCCGAUUAAUACAUCUUACAUCCUCUUCAUCCGAAGGGCUAUUGUUUUCCUCCUUCCUAACAGAUCGAACGAUAUGACUUAGCUAUGCUUAGAUCUUUAGAAAGGCGAUAUGCCGAUCCUCAAAAGUUGCGACUUGUGCAAAGCACGUAAAGUGCGAUGUAACGGGUACCCCGGCCCCUGCAACAACUGUGUGCGCCGUAAAGCAGACUGUCAGUUCAGUCGUAGGAAAACACCUCAAAGAAAGGGUGCAAACCACAUCCUCACAUCUUCUACCCCGCCGAGAGCCCAGCCUCCAGCUGUCUCUGAGGUCGCCGAAACUAAACCUCAACGACCAUUGCCGGAGCUAUACGUUGAUCGUUUGUUAGCCCAAGCUAGAACAUCAGGGGCUCUAAACACCGAAAAGCCAUUCGCAGUGAAGGGAAUUGGGCUUGUUAUUGGGAAUUCCAGCUUGACUUUCUUCUCUGACAAUCGACUGCUAUACCUAUCCUCUCGCUUGCGGAAUGACCGAGUGAGGGAAUUAGUUCGGAGGAUAUCGUCGGUGAUUGCUUCUCGACUACAUCAACAUAAUGUAGUGUCCGAAGGCUCACUAAGAGUUGCCCGAGAGAACCAAAAAGAUGCGCCUAUCUCUGCUGAAAGAGCUGAAGUGAACGCCCAUAUCAAAUUGUAUUUUGAGCGGGUUCAUCCUUUCUAUCCUUUUCUCGACCAAAAAGAAUUUGAAGCCACGGCUUACGCCCCCGACUUCCCAGCCCGUUUAGCGCACAAUAAGGCUCUAUACGCCCUGUAUUACGCAGUUAUCGCCCUAGGAUGCCAAUCCGGCAGUGGGGGUAGAUUCGUUCCCGGUACAGGGAGGGCCUGGCAAUUUCUAACUAGAGCCUUCACAGCUCUGCCUGACUUGCUUGCACUUCCAGACUCUUUGGAUAUUCUUCAAGCGAUGACCGCUCUAACCAUAUACUCCCUGAAUAUAAAUUGCAUAGCAAUUGAGCACUUCGUGUUAUCCGAAGCAGCUAGAAGAGCACAAAAUCUGGGCCGCGCCAAUCUCAGCGGUAAAGCUCGAACUAACUACCAUAAGGCAUUUUGGGUUCUCUAUACAGUUGAGAAAAUAACCAACUUCCACUUCGGAAGGAAUUCCAUCUUUGUGGAUCAUGAUAUCGUAAUCCCGGUACCAUCAAUACCGGAUGCAAUUAUCGGAGAGCUUGACUGGUUUCUGACAUCCGCAAGAUAUGCGCGCUUAUUAUCAAAGACCAUGUCGUCGCUAUUUUCAAUCGCCGGAACAGAUGACCCGAAGGCUCAUUAUCUAACAAUAAUCGACCAAUGUGAAAACGAAUUAGAACAAUGGCGGAUGUCGAUACCAAUCGAUAUCAGACCGGGUCAGCCCUACCAGACGCACGCAAUCCAAGGUACAUUGCUCCGGCUGGCCGCCUUGCGGAUUCAUCUAUUUUAUAAUAGCUUCAAGUUGAGCCUUUGCCGCGCUACAUUACAUUUAGCUGCGAAUAGUAGCCAUAUUGUGAGCCAAGCUCGUCAGAGCGAGAGCACAAGAAUUAUGAUGGAGACGUCGCGGUCCGUGUUAGAAUUGACAGCGUUCAUUGAUGUGGAACCAAGCACACCUCUAUGGGUUAUGGCUGUAAUUCCAAUCGUAGCCCUCUUCAUCCUUUUCGAUCUAGUGGUCACAAAUCCCAAGCAUGUAGGAACCGCUACGAAUCUCGCUCUUCUAGACAUGGGCGGCGGCCACUUUAGCAGAAUCGAGGUUGCAAGUGGCGGUAACCUACCAGGUUCCCUAAUCGGCGAAUUCGCGCAUAUUGCCCGCGAAUACGUGAAUACAGUAAAAAGCGACGAUACCUCAAAUCAAUUACUCGAGAAGCAGUCGCCGAUGAUGCCCAAAUCACCAAUUAGGACCCGUCUUCAGCCACCACGCGGGAACGGAAUUUCUGCUACGAUUAGUUCCCCUCCAACACUGGAAUCAGCACAGAUGCCGGAUGGCAUUGUUUUCGAUGGUGAUCUUGCUCUUCCAAUAGACGAGACUCUGUUUUUCCCAAUAAAUGACAGAUACUUCGAAGUAGACGACGAGGUCCCGAUUGGAACCGAUAUUAUGGAUCUUUUUAAUUCAGCGAUGCCUGGCGUUGAUCCGUUCUUCAAUCAGUUGAUGGGUGGCCCCCAAACGUGAUUUUAGGCCUAAAUUUUAGGGGUGUGCGCGGGGCUAUUUAGGGGGAAAUCUCCUGUUAACCGCUAUAACUGGGGGGGAAAAAUCACAAUUGACUCCUGAAAAUUCGAUCGAGACAAGCACGGCGUGUACUAGAACGGACGGGACUUCAGCAAAAGGGAGG